AUGAGUUCCUAUCAGUUUGUUAAUUCGCUGGCGUCGUGCUACGCGGGCCAGCAAACGCAACAGCAACCACGAGCCACGGCCAAUUCACCUGGAGAACCGAUGCAGGCGGCAUCGCCCGCAGGUGGAGACUACUACAACCCGAACGCAGCAGCGACCAGCUAUCCAACACCGUGUUACUCUCCCCAACAACACUAUCCUCAGCAUGCCUACGCCACUCCAGCCUCUGGAAUGCAACACACAGCGCCCACCGGCAUGAUAGACUAUACGCAGUUGCAGCCGCAGCCUCGACUAAGCGCGACGACAACCUCGCAGCAACACAGUUUGCACCAACAGUCGCAGCAUCAUCCGCAACAUCAUCCUCAGCAGCAGCAGUUGCAUCAAGAUCCGACGACGCCGCUUCUUCAGGCCGCAUCCGCGCCAUCGGCACCGUCCACGUCUAGCUGCAAGUACGCCGACUCGACGUCCUCCACAAGCGUCGCGUCGCCCCAAGAUUUGACCACGUCCACCUCGAGAAACAGUCCAACCCCUCUGGUGGCACCUGGCACCAGCAAGGCUGCAUCAAGUCUCACCUCGCCGCCAGGAAGUUCGUCGAGGUCGUCGGUCGCCGCCUCGGCCGCCUCACCUGCCAGCGGAAGUUCCAGACCCGUGGCAGAAGGUAGUUCCACGUUGACCACCGCGUCGUCCGCCUCGUCGCCAGCAUCCUCCACUUCCAGCACCUCCAGCACCGGCAACAACACGUCGAACAAAACGAAUCCCAGCGGUAACGAGCCACCCAAGAUCUAUUCGUGGAUGAAGAGGGUGCACAUCGGCCAGAGCCGAUCGCCACGAUCGAACACGUUAAUUUGCGGGUUACGAUUGGACGGUAGACGAGCUUCAGCCAAAUUGCUGUGCGAGUUGAUCCCAAACGCAACAGAUCGUCCGAUUCGAAGAGAUAUUCGCGUUCGAAAUUAUUGCGAAACAAGGAUAAUUUGA